AUGGAAGUACCUCCAUCAAUCGCAAUCAUCGGUGGUGGACCAAGCGGUCUAACCCUUGCUCGACUAUUGGAAGUGAAUGAAAUCACUGACUACGUUGUCUUUGAGCGGGAUCAGUCCUCAACGCCAGGUCCGAACAGACAAGGUGGAACACUGGACCUGCAAAGAGACUCUGGUCAAGAAGCCCUCAAGCGAGCUGGCUUGUUCGAAAAGUUCAGCAACGAACUAGCACGCUGGGACGCUGCCUAUUUCCACCUUCUCGACUCAGCCGGGAAGACAAUUGCCAACUUCAAUAAUACACUUGAGGACCGUCCUGAGAUCGAUCGCUUGCAACUUCGCGAUCUUUUGCUCGAAUCGAUUCCCCAGCACAAGAUUCGCUGGGGACAUGGUGUCAAAUUCGUCGAGAGGAAAGCUGGUGAUGAAAACACUGUUGGUGACAAUGGGUGCAUCAUCCAUUUCACGAACGGUUCCUCUGCCACCGGGUUCCGACUUGUUGUAGGCGCCGAUGGUGCAUGGAGCAAAGUCCGUCCUUUGGUCACGUCCGCAUGGCCAGAAUACUCUGGUAAAUUUUACAUCGAGGGGAAAAUUUCGCACAACAAUCCGAGCUACCCUGUUGCGCAUGAGUUGGUGGGGCCUGGAAACAUGCUCGUGCUAGGCGACCAGAAGAUGAUAGCAGUGCAGCAGCUAUCGGAUGGUCAUUACCGCGUUUACUUUGCCCUGAACGUGCCUGAAGAUUUCUACAAACGCGUGACCUCCGUUCACGCUGAUGCCAGCAAGGCCACCGAAGAGAUGCGUUCACACCUUCUUUCCACCAAUGAGUUCUUCGCGAAUUGGACACCGAAUUUAAAGGCUUUUAUCGAAAAUGCGGAAGGUCCAUUCCGCCCCUGGCCUUUGUAUUUCAUUGACCCCGAAACAGUUGGCUGGGAUCGUGACGUGGCCCCUGGCGUGACCCUGAUGGGGGAUGCUGCUCAUGCUUCUACUCCCUUCAUUGGCGAAGGGGUUAAUUGUAGUAUGCAUGAUGCAGUUAUGUUGGCGGAGUGUCUCAUCCGUCACUGCGGCAGCAACACCACGUUCGCUCAUGUGGAGGAGGUAAAGCUGGAAGCUGCACUGGCCGCAUACGAAAAGAAUAUGUUCAAGCGUGGACAGGAUUUAAUUCGACGCAGCUGUGAAAGUGGCAGAAGGUUGUUUUCGGAUAACGCUGGUCCUCUUGUUCUCCAGAUGUUUAGUGGUGAUGCUGACAGUGAACCUGUCGAAUCUGCUAAUCUCUAG